AUGGCUAGUCGUUGCGAUAGUAAUACUGCUCAGUACGAGAGGAACCGCAGUUUCGGACAUUUGGUUCAUGCACUCGGCCGAGCGGCCGGUGGUGCGAAGCUACCAUCCGCGGGAUUAUGCCUGAACGCCUCUAAGGCCGAAGCCAGCCUAGCCGAAUCCGGCAAGGAUAUGCUCACUGUGGAGCUCCGAGAGUCGGGAGGCUCUAAACAAUGUGACUUUACUAGUCGCGCUGCACUCGUGCGGCGAGACGUCGAAGCCCAUUUGGAUCUCGUUACCAACCAGAGGCGUCGUCGGCUCUGCUGUGCGACGCCGGGACGCAAAGCUCCCACUGGAAACACCAUGCUGCAGGCCGGUGUCAUCGAGCAG